AUGGUCACCACAACAACACCGACUUGCACAACUUCAAGGAUACAACCAACCAGAACAAAACAUUUUCCAAGUCCGAGUAUUGUUCCUACGACGCCACAAACUACAAAGAAAAUGAAAAAGUGUAAGUUAAACCAGGAAUAGACUUUCAUAGCAAGUUUUAAAUAGACAUGUCACAGGAAUAAACUUUUGUAAUAUUAUUCUAAGGAUGAUUGCCGGUGACAAAAACUCCAUUUGAAGUUACUUGAUAUUUAUGUUGGAAGAAUCUUCAAGUGGAAAUUUGUUGCUUCUUUUCAGCAAGAGACACGUCCAGCCAGUACAUGGCAGAAUUUCCGGACGUGGCACUACAAGUGAAUGGAAAGGGGAUAGAAUAUGAGGGAUAUAAUGGAUGGUUUAACAACAGAGGGAAACAUGAUCUGGGUGCUAUAGGUAAUUAGUAUUAAUUUUGCAUAUCAAAUGAGCUUUCGCGCGUUCUGAUUGGCUAGCUGACUAGUAAAUCUGAGGCAUUAUUUACUAGCAGACUAGUAAAUAAUGCUUUUCAAAAAGAAUGAUUCGGCAAAUUUGGUUUCAAAAUCGACAAAAUAUUGGAAAAAAUCGUCCCAGAAAACGAAAAAAGCACAAAAUGUUGAAUUUAACUUGAAAUGUAGGAUUCCUUUAUUAUUUUACUGUGUCAAACAUAUUCACGGACAAUUUAAAACUUAUUUAAAACUCCGAAACAUUCACUUCAAACAAAUAGCAAAAACCAUCCCUACUUUUGGGAGAAACCUUGCCGUGAUAUUCUUUAAAAUCCAUUUUAUUUUGUAUGCUAUAGAUUUCCCAAUUUGUACGAUACUAUUUCUUUUGAUAUGUCAUGUUCUCAUUGUGCUGUAUGGUGUUCUGACCGCUGUAUUGUAUUUUCGAAACUUGUAAAGUAAAAAGUGUUAUUAAAACUUUAUUUCGAACAAUAUAGUUUUACAUUUCAUUUUACCAAAUUCCUCAGCCAUUUCCUGAAGAAAUUAAUGCUAAACAGAAACUAUUUUUAAUUCUAAGUCUGGUGAAAGAGUCAUUCCGUUAUUGUGUUUAUAUUCCAAGCGGAAAUCGAGAAAAACAACUUUGUAAUAAAGCAAUAAAGUCACACAAGAAGCCAUUUUGACAGCGUGUGCGUACAAGAAACACUGCAACACUAUUAGUGAACAGGCCGAAAACAGUUUUAUUUCUGAAAUUUAAUUGAACUGAUAUUCGGAUAUUUUGUUUUAUUCAUUAAAAAUUUAUACUAAAACAAUUAUUCGCCUCAGGCUCAGUGAUUACGGUGAAUAUUCACCUCGACUUCGUCUCGGUGAAUAUUCACCGGUAAUCACUUCGCCUUCGGCGAAUAAUUGUUAAUUAUAAGAUAUAAUUUACGAUACUAAAUUUUUAUCCGAUUAUUCCGGUCUUUAUCCACUAUUCCCCUGUCAACUUCACAUCAUGAAGUGCCAAAUAUAUUAUAAUUUUACAAUCAUCAUCAUCGAUAUAUAUCAUCCUUCCCAUGAUCGGAUUAUAAUUAGCAUUAUCAUGACAAUCAUUGUUUUAUCGAUGAUGAUCACCAUUAUUAUUGUCUGAAGAAUUGUCGUUAUCACCAUUACUAGCAUCCUCGUCCUCACUACUAACAUCGUCGUCAUCAUUCAUCAUUACCAUCGCCAUUAUCAUUUUCAUCUGACAUCUCCACCACCACCAUCAUCGUCACCACCAAUCAUCAUCACCAUUAAAAUCAUCACCAUUGUUUAUCACAUUCAUAACGUCAACAUCUAUAACGUCAACAUAACUAUGUCAUCAUAAUUAUAGUCAUCCGAUUAUCAUAAUUAUCGCCAUCAUCAUCACAUGCUUCACCAUUUUUAUGUUUAACAUUAUCACCAUCAUCACCAUCAACAUCAUCAUUAUUCAUUCUUUAUAAUCAUCAAAUAAUCAUCGCUCACGCAGCAAUGAUCAGGUGGAAAUAUAGUUUUAACAAAACAACUCUGAAACUAGUAUUUAUUUGAGCCAUUUCUUUCUUAUUCCUAUAGACACGCCACUAACACGUCGUGUUCCGUCGCAAUAUCAGGAUGGAGUUUAUCAACUGUCUGGAUCCAGCAGACCAAAUCCAUUUACUUUGAGUCAUGAAUUAAUGCGUGGAGACACUGGUCGCACGUGUGGCAGCAAAAAGAAUGUCUUGCUUGUCUUUUUUGGUAGGUAAAUAUAUGAGGUGGGUCGUAUUUUAUAAUUGAGGGGGAUUCGGAGAAAUAUUACCCGAGGUGAAUUUACCCGAGGGGAGGGCUUUGCCCAGAGGGAAAUAUCAUCGCUGAGGGAUAGAAGCUUCAGAUUUGACUACGACUACGAGACCUAGCACCACUACGAGAUUUUCCCGUUGAAUAUCUGCUCCAAAAAGCUUGAAACUGUACGUAUAGUUUGGUUCCAGUGUUGUUUUAAAGAUGUGCUAUGCCAAAGAGAGGACGAUAGCAAGUCUCAAGUAGCAGAAAUUUAACAGAAAAUCUCGUAAUCGUACUACAUCUCGUACCCAUAGUCAAAUCUAAAGCUCCAUAUUAUUUCAUCUACUCCCCCGAGCGGAGAUAAAAGAACCCAAAACGUUGAGCACAAACUUGCUGAAUAACUUUAAUAAGCGAAUGCAAUAUUAAAUUUUAUAUUAAUACUUUGUCCGGAGAAACGAAUUGACAGCCGCCCGUGUCUAGACCUAGGUUACUCCUGGCAUUUUUUAACUGGCGCAUUAAUUUGUUUUAGGUCAGCAAGUCGUUGACGAGAUAGUGAACUCGCGGAGACCCAGUUGUCCGCCAGAAUAUGAUAACAUUGAUAUUCCUGGCGAUUAUAAACAUGGCAACUCCGCUGGUGAUCCCAAGAGUAUGCCUUUUAUAAGAGCACGUUAUGACAAGACUACAGGACAUUCACCGAAUAACCCUAGGCAACAGGUAAGAGAACAAUCUUGCUUUAAAUACAUAACAGAAAUUACACAUGACCAAAAAAUACUGGCAAAACCACCGAGGACCAUCCGUCUAUAGUAAGUUUGAUAAAAUUAAAAUAUAAUAAUACCAUAGUUGCCUCGAAAUCCUUUGUCUCGCGAGGUACGAUUAAUGACUAAUUUACCUCAUUACCCAUGCAUACGCUUUUGUCUUCUAAAUUUCCCUCAUCAAGCAUGCAAGGAAAAAUUAGAAGACAAAGAAAUCCUUUGUUUCCAACCAAAUUUCCUCGAAAAGCGUACCUCAUUACCUCUGAUUGGAGAGCUGUACCUCAUCGAAAAUGAUCGGCACAACUAUGGACAUUAGAGAGUUUAAGAUACCCCGGUUUCGGUGUACGUGUACGGGUAGCAUGAUUUUGGUUAGCAACAUUUUCGUCGAUGUCUGUACCGUUACUCGUAAUUAAGGUGUACAUUUUUUGCAUUAUAUCAUUGUCUAUUGCAAGAAAACAGAAAAAGUAUGAUCGAAUUACAGACAGCAGUAAAGCAAGAUGACACUACUCGUACCCGUACACCGAAACCGGAGUAUCUUAACCUCUCUAAUAUCUGACGACACCGUCCCGUACACAUUCGAACAAUCACUUUGCCAGCUUUUAUUCCCUAAUCUUGAACAUUACAAUUGUGGGAGAAAAUUCCGUUUAUGUGCAUGCCAAAAACAAAUGAACAUGGAGAUGUGUUUCUGCGCGUGCGUAUAUAUGAAAAGUGUUCGUACCACAAUCAUAAGACAAUCAAACAGCAUUCAAAACAGGCAACACACCACGCGCGAUUUCCUCGGCAACUAUGAUAUUACAAAGUAAUAACAUUGCAUUACGGUCGAUUAGUGAUGAAAUGUCCCUCAAGCCUCGAGAGGUUUAGUGUACCAAACGUAAUUGGCCGAUUUCUGGUCACGUCGCUUUAGAUAAAUGCAAUGUAUCCCGCCGAGUAAUAAGCGAAAACUUGUUUCCCGCCUCGAACGGCUACGUACAAAAAAUAAACAAAAUGGUGGCACAACCCGCAAGCUUAUAAACUACAACUUAUAAAUAGCAUAUGCUUCUGAAACCUUUUAAGUAAUAACUUUUAAUUUGAAACUCGUUUACACCAUAGAGUUUUUGUCAUGAAGUACAAUUGUUGUAUGAAUGUUGUUGAUUUUCCUUUCGUCGCUACAUAAAAAAAACACUUAAUGUCUGUUCCCUCGGGAAAUAGAUUGUUUUGUUUCCCCUCGAAUCUCAAUCUUUCCCACGACUUUCUCUCUGGAAGACAAAACUAACUAUUUCUAUCGGGAUCACAUAUUAAGUGUAGCCUACAUGAUAACGGAAAUAUCGGCCGACAGUCGAUUUUAUCUGAACCCAGGAAUUUAAGGUUAUUGUCUCUGGGGAUAUUUUUCAGCCUUCGUGGGUUAUCAUGAUAAUAUAAUUCCAGAGUUCUCAAAAUCUCUUCCACUAAUUUUUCGUUAUCAGCUGAAUGAAGCCACCUCAUGGAUCGACGGAGGUCUGAUGUAUGGCACCUCAAAGGCCUGGGCCGACAAUUUGAGAUGCUUUCGAGAUGGAAAACUACUUAAAAGUGAGAAGGGAAAUUGGCCACAGGAAAAUGACAUUGGGUUACCUAUGGAGAACGUGCCGCCACCAACAAUGCAUAAAUUAUUGAAUGGUGAAAGAUUAUUUAGUAAGUUUCAUCCACCCAGUUUUUAAACGUAAGUGAGUUCAUCAAUUGCCCAGCACAUUUUAUGACAUCAAAGUUUAGUCUUCAAACAGAACAGAAGCUAGCACGAAAGAUUGUGAAUAUGAGUAAUUAAUAUAACCAUCGAGAAGAUCGAAUUUUUUUCUAACUAACUUAAUUCCGAAUGGUUCUACAUUCUCGUGUAUCCAAUUUGGACUUCAGUGCCGCAGUCGUUGGGUUUGAUUUUCGCUGUGGGAUCAUGUAAAAAGAGUCAGUAGACGCUCUGCCGAAAAUCGUGGGUUUCCUUCGGGUGCUCCGAUUUCCUCCCACAGGGAAAGUUGACUGUGUGGGUUAGCAUAAACACAGUUACGAAAUUAACAUCCCAAUAGACUGUGAAUCCAGCUAUCGACUAUUUUUUUAUCUAGGCAAGAAAGACGAAAUCAUUUUUCCGUGGCGUAAAACCAAAAUACUCAAAGUUUGCUAAUUUCAAAGGGUUAUAUUUUCCGUAUUUUACAGCAUUUUGCAAUCAAAUUUGGCAACUUUGCUAAUUUAUGGAUGUUCUUCUAAGCCGGUUUUCCAAUUCGCCCGUAUCGUACCGAAACGUACCGGUGAGCAUGCGCAGAUUGAAAAGAAGUUAAUUAAUAAAACCACGUACUUCCGGGUGUUUUCGCGUAUCAAAAUAAAAAGUUCGUCGCAAGUCAACUUUUUGGCGUACUACGUAAGUACUAACCAAUCAACAUUCAUGAAAUUUUGAAAUUUAAAAACUUUUUGAUACGUUUUGGUACGGUACGCUUGGAGUGGAAAACCGGCUUUAAGCGAAAAUGAUAGAUUUCGUCCUUGUCUGGAUCUAAAUUUAGCCAGUAUAGCUGGAAUCAUAUAUUGUUGUAAAGAUAAAAUAGUCUAGGCUCAGUAAGUAAUUAGGUAAGUGUAAGUACUUAAUUGAUGUUAAACACAUUUCGUCAUGUUCACAUGUCAACAUGCGCUAUACUGAUGGUUCCACCAUAAACAAUGUUGUCACCUUUCCUAAUGAACACAGCAUGACUUUAAUAUUUGUAGUUUAGGAGGAAUUAGCUCCGUCCGUUAAUGUCCACGAUUUCUCACCAUGGAAAUUUUAUUCCAUAUUCUAGAAUUAGGAAACCCUCGAGGUAACGAGAAUCCAUUUCUGUUGGCGUUCGGAAUCCUGUGGUUCCGCUACCACAAUGUGAUAGCUGAGAGAAUCAGAGCGAGAACAAAUAUCACUGACGAUGAGAAGUUGUUCAAUGAAGCAAGGAAAUGGGUGAUUGCCACACAUCAGGUAUAAAGUCAGGGCCGUGAAUACUCGCCAUAAUUGUAACACGUUACAAUACAGGCUACUCGUCACAUUUGUUGUAAUUUUGACAUGUAAUUAAUUGAUUUUUUGAAGAUGAACAGAAAAAGUUAAUUAAAUACAAAAUAAAGGAACGCGUUCCUUUAGCAGAGAAAAAUCGCAAAUUCCUUUUACAUCAAGGAAAAUAUAUGAAAAACUAUCAGUAUGAAAAAACAAGAGUCGCCAUCUCUGCGCCCUGCCUGUUAUGACCAUUUUGUCUCAGUGCAUUGUGGAAUUCAGAUUGACAAUUUUCGCCAUGAAUCUGCCAUUUUUGCAGAAGGAUUUUUGAGGUGAAACCUACUUUCGAUCAUUAAACGCGACUUGUUUUGUUUCUGGUACUAGAAGUAUAUUUGACUCCAGAUCCACAUUACAUUAUGGAAUCUGUACGUAUAAUUACGUUUAUGAGAGGGAAAUUUUGCGACUGUAAUUAAUUGCAUUUGAAAAAAAGUUGCUUGUGGCGUCAUCACAUUUACUAUUAAAUAAACUGAAAUAUCUGCUAACCAAAAAAAGGUACAAAUCAAAUCAUAUUUAUUUCUGUAGGGUAACCUCUUCAGUAAUGUAUCAAUGAAUGUGUGUUCAUCAGGAGGGGUGAUCUAAAAACUCAUUAACUUUUUCCUUCCUAGAAAAUUGUGUUUUAUGACUGGCUACCAGCGUUUCUGGGAAAAGAUCCCGAUAUGUUUAGAAAGAAGGAGAAAUAUCGUAAGUAAUUAGAAAAAUUAUUCCUUAUUAAAAAUGUCUCCCGUACUUGCCAUUGGAUGCCAUCUCGGUUGAUUCUAAAGUCCACUUUAGCCGUUACCAUAGAGUACACUAUUGGAAUUAGUAGUUAAUUUUGUAAAAGGCGAACAGAUUACCAUAUCUCUCGAUACGAUCAAGGAAUAGUUGCAGCCAUGCCAAAAAGUGGGAUUUCGGGAAUCCUUAGGAACACGUUUGCCUGCAAGAAAAUGAAGGGAAAUUUUCAUUUAAUCAACCAUUGUGUUAAUUCCUGUUUAGUGUAUAGACCAUCCGUCAAUCCAACCAUUACUCACAUAUUCCAGUCCGCCGCAAUGAGAAUUGGACAUACCAUGGUGCCUCCUGGUGUAAUGCGAAGGUAAGGUAAAUACAGUUAGGAAUUUGAGGUUUUAUUCAGUUAAACACAAGCAGGAGUGCUUUAUCAGAUAUAAAGCACGGGGCGACAGCCAAGUAUUUUAUAUCCGAUAAAGCACCGACUGCGAGUGUUUUAAAUGGCUUAUAAAUACGACCCAUUUUCUGAGUUUAAAAAUUUUUGUUAUAACUAUUACUUUUUGUAAUAGCGACUGCGAAAACAAUUUGCCGAUAAAUCCGAAAACGUUUGCCGAGUCUAGCAGACAUUUGCUGAGUCUGCGAUGAGUGGGGAUGGGGGGGGGGUGGUCACGCUCCUGGCUAAGGUAGCUACGCCCCUGUCUGAGCCGAGAAAAUUAAAGCUAAAAUUUAAUUAAAUUAACUUAACAUGACUUUUUUAUCACAUAUGAAGCCUCUGACACGGUGGUAUUUUUAUGUACUUAGUUUCUCACGAAUUAUUGACUAGCUUUUUAAAUCAAAUAAGAGACAAUGGUUACUGACAAAGUAUUUUCUAUCUCCGUGGUUUCGUAAACAAGAAAGGCGCUUAUCUAUAAUCGAACAUCUAUAAUUACUUUGUGGGGAGGUGAAAGCAAUUUUGCCACUCGAAAAAAUGAAUAAGUUGAAAAAAUUAAUUGCCAAAAUCCAAUCCUAACAAACAAGUAUCUGAUUUGUAACCAAAUAGACUGGCCAACAGUUGUUCGCGACUUAAAACAACGUCGACGUCAAGCGCUCUGGGUAAAGAAGGGGAAAAUAAAGAUGGCCUCAGGACUUGUAAUUCAUUUUGGAAUUCAAAGGUAUUUGUUGAAUUUAUUACUGCUGUCGUCGAUUAUGGCUGCAGCAUAUAAGGCUUAUUAUUUAAGAAUGAAAACAAAAGAAAAAUUACUAAUGUAUAUAUAUAUAUAUAUAUAUAUAUAUAUAUAUAUAUAUAUAUAUAUAUAUAUAUAUAUAUAUAUAUAAACAACGAAAAUAAUCAGUUUGUAUUGCAGCUCCCGAAAUAGUUGCAAACAAACAGUAUUUACAAGCUUUUAGUAACAUAUAGACUCAAAAUUACAUUCUUCUUGCUAGCUUCCAAUUGAAGAAAGGGGAAACGAUGAACCGCUCGAUAUUGAUGCAAUUUUACGUGGCAUGGCAGCUCAAACUGCUGAGUGCGAGGAUCAUGUAAUAGCUGAAGAUUUGAGAGGUAUAAUAUGAUGGUUUAUACCAAUUUAUACCUUCUGCAAAUAAUUUUUUUGGCAAGUCUAAUAAUAAUUGGUUUUAAAUUAACUAAACAUAUAAUAUAUAAACGUGAUCGACUCAUCAGUGCUUUCAUUUCCUUAAGCUAGUAUAUCGAGAGAAAACAUGCAUGUCUGAUAUUAAGCCAGACGGCUUUAAGUGAAUAAACUUAAAUUCACGUUCUCUUUGUUCUCAGGAUUCGCAUAUGGUGGACUGGAUUUCUCCCGUCGUGAUCUGAUGGCAAUAAACAUCCAGCGAGGACGGGAUCAUGGUUUGUCCGACUACAACACCGCGCGACGUCAUUAUGGGCUGCAACAAAAGUCAGACUUUCUCGAUAUUAAAUCUAAUGAAUCUAAUAUACCUGACAAGGUAUGUGCUGCAAUGUUAAUCAAAUGGCUGGACUUGUAGCGAAGACUUUGGCGUUGUUGGGGGAGGGUGUCAAAUUACCUGAGUGAUUGAUUGAUUGAUUAAAUUACACUUUUUGUUUCGUGACAACAGUGUUUGACAUUUAGUGUGUUCGUGGUCCCCCCAACAAUUAGAUAAAGACGCAAGGGUUCCCUUGGUCCCAACUGACUGUUUCGACGUAUUUAAAGCAAAUCAUUGCCGAACCAAUUAAAGUAAAUUAAAUUUCAUUUGACAUUAUUUGAAUUACGAAUUUGCGCAGCGAAAACGGUAUCAACAUGUCGUUUGUCUUAUCAUUGUUUGUUUCAAGUUGCUUAUCUGUUUAAUAAUAUGUCUAUAAUAUCUGUCACGCUUUUGUGUAAGUUAAUGUUGUGCUUGUUCGUGUUGUGGAACCCCGUUAUUAGAGAUUUUUCUCUGUGUGGUCAUUCCAGCCAUUGUGUGUGAGCUAUAGUUAGUUUCUAUCUUUAAUACUGGCAAACUUGUAGAAUAAAAUAGAAUUGUCAUAUAAAGUGGAUCUGUGUUUAAAGUCAAAGUAAAAUUACUAUGCGUUUUUUAAAUGAUUUCAAGCAAUGUUUGUCCAAAAAUGUAUUGUUAAAUAUAUAAACGAAUUAUAUGCCUGGCCACGCUGGGAAUCGAACCUACGACCUGUGGAAUGUUAGCCCAAUGCUCUGCCAACUGAGCUACGCGGUCAGGUCGGUUCGAGUAAGUGAUAUUUCGAAACUGAAUCUAGUUCCUUCAAUAUCGGUGUAAUCUAAUAAUCAAGAUAUUUGCUGUGUUGGUGUAAUAUACUCAGGUGAAUAAGAUAAACAGUACAUUACACCAACACAGCAAAUAUAUAAACGAACGUUUUCUUAUUGGUUUGUUUCUCGUGUCAGAUAUUUAAGAAGUUGAAACAUCUAUCCAAUGGUGACAUCAACAAUAUUGACGUGUGGGUUGGAGGACUUCUGGAAACGAGUACAUCCGGACCAGGGGAACUUUUCUCGACCGUUAUUGAAGAUCAGUUCAGAAGAAUCAGAGACGCUGACAGAUUUUGGUUUGAAAAUAAGGAAAACGAGUAUGUAUAAGUAUACUGUACUUACUCGUAUAUUAUGUCAAAAUUGGCCCAAAACUGGUAUUCGUUAACAAAUCAAAUCUAUUUUUUCUACAAGAUUGUUCACCCAAGAUGAAAUUGAUCAAAUUUUUCGAAUCACUUUGUAUGACGUCAUUAGGAUGACGACAAAUAUCAAUGGAACUGACUUGCAACAAGAUGUCUUUCAUGGUAAGAUUAGAAAUCCUUCUUUUACUAGUUGCUUUUGCUGUUGUUUUUGUCGCUGUUGUUUUUGUUGUUGCGAUCUGAUUUGAAUAGAACACAAAGACAAUUUUGAUUUACACUAUUUCAAACCACUGAACAUGACCUCGUCGCGACAGUUAUAAAUAUUCGGCCAUACUUAUUUUGAAUAUAUACAAAUAAAUACUCGGUUAUAUUAAAUCUGACGAUAAAUGAUUAAAUGGGUAUAAACAAAAUCUGAUUCUUUACAGUUGACGAGUCGGUAUGUAGUCUUGGUGUACUCAGCCAGUACGAGAUGGAAAAUUGUACAAAACCGGAAACAUAUGAUUAUUUUGAUGGUAGUGAAGUUUCUUAUGCUCUGACAUUCUCGUUUAUUGGACUGUUUGUUGUUGGUGAGUUUUUUAGUUACGUGUAAAGCAGAUUACAGAAGACCAACAUUGAGAAUCUUUUUCAUGUAUAUUACUAAUAACUAAAUAACUGAAAAAAGAAUGCUUAAAUUUCACAAGUGUAAAGUAACGGUACAGUUCUUGUAUGCAUUAUAAGAUACCAAGCAACCUUAUUCUAUUGUUUUAGGUGUCGUUCUUGUUAUGUUAUUCAUGGCAAAGCGGCGACAAAUAUUUCUGGCUGAGCAGAGAAAGAAGAAUCUCAGGAGAACGCAACGUAGGAGCAGUGUGAAAGAGAAUGAAUUUGUUGGUAAGAGAAAAUGAGAGUGUCAAUAUUAAAACAGUUAAAUUACUCUGCCUUCGGCAUCGGCAAGUAAUUUGAUAAUUCACAAUAUUUUGCUAGACGUCGGCAAAUAUAUACUAGGGUUGUCACUCGCAACUCGUUGACAAAUUAUUAAAUUGCAGGACGAUACAAACUUGUUCGAAUAACUUGUAGCAGGUCGUUGAACUCAACAAGCUUGUGGCAAGUUGGCAACAAGCUGGGAACAAGCAGUGCGAACACAUCCUGUUACCAAAUUGUUGCAACAGCAUUGCUACAAGUCAGAUUUGUUAGAACUUGUGCGUUUUACGUGUGUGGCUGGAAAUUCUAAUUUUUUAAACUUUGUUGCCUUAAAUUUCAUACAGUAUACAUUAUUUUUUAGCCAGCCAUUCAAUGCUUUCAUGGUUGAACAAUUAUUAUUUGUUACAUAGUUGUGUCGAUAUCAUUCCAAGGAUUUCAGAAAUUAUUGGGGGUUGCUCCCUUGCCCUCGUCCCUAAUAUCUGCCAAUGUUUGAUGUCUGUAAUUCACAAGGUGUACAUGUUUGUAUCUGUUCCAUUUAAGCUGCUGAAUGGCGUCGUAAUCUUCCAGAAAGACCAGUAAAAAUAAAACUUGGUGGAGGCCAAAUUAUUCACGUUUCGUCAGCUAGUGGAGAAUUACUGCGCUCGAUCGAUCUUCGUGGCGUUGAGAAGAUUACCAUCUGUUUGGAAAAUGAUAGAGAAGAAACAUUGAUGUCUGCCAGAACUGAGAAAGAAUAUGACUUGGUAAGAUAUUGGGUUAAUCCCAGCACUUGGUGUCGUGGUUAUCACGCUUGCCUUUCAAACUGGAAGAUCUCCACUCAAGGUUUCAAAAUACAUGCAGUCAUCAGUAAAUGGUUAGACUUUCGCGUCUUCUCGGAUAAGGACGUUAAUUUAAUCGUGGGUACCUCGGAUGUACACAGCGAGUAGUUCAGUCAAUAAAAUUGCAGAAUAGCUCACAUACAGUGGAUUUACUACUAAUUUUUGUUAUGCGUUCAUAAAUUCCAAGUUGUCUUUAAUGAUAUUUUGUUUAUUCUCUAGAUUAUUAAGUUCACCACGACUACACACCGACAAAUUUUUGUUGAAAAAUUAGAGGCCUUUUUGGGAACGUUGAACAUUCAUUUUUGUCGGCAACCGAUGAGAACCUACAUGUUGUUAACAACUGCUACGACAAAAGAAGACAGACAGAAGAAACUAGAACAAUUUUUCAGAUUGGCUUUAGCUCACGUAAGUUUCUACCUCCACCAUUGUAAUUGCCUGAGUAUGCUCGCAGUUGCGCAGCCUGGAUUUUAUUGCUUGGGGGGGAGGGGGAAGACUUAAUAAUUUGCGAUGUCAUAAUAUUCUAAAAAGGUCCGAAUUUUAGGUCUCUCAUGGAAAGGCACUUCCUGUAUUGUGGAGGCACUUGGAGAAUAGGUCUUAAUUAAUUACUUUUUAAUAUAUAAUGUCCCUCUUGGAAUUCAAUUGUGUGUUCAAAAGUCGUGUUGUGAAUGUAUUUUGGGAGGGUGUGCAUUCACUUACUAAAUACACGUUAUCACAAAUGAACAAACUUCAAUUUUAUAGAGCUUGCGCAUAUGACUGACCUUCAUCUUCGUUUUCCACGUUCUGACUGAGUAGGGGGAGGCCGGAAGGGGCUAGGUCCCGACGCCCUUGCAAAAUAUUGUGCCCCUCGGAAAACGUCUGACCAGUACAAGUAUGAGAAUUGAAUUUUCAUUUCUCGUAAAUGAAAUUUUAUAUCUUCCUAUGUUUUAAGCUUCAAAUCGCCUUUUUUAACAGGUUGCAGCUCAGGAAAUAUUCGGACUAUCACAAAACGACUUUAAUAAUGUUCUACUGUAUAAGCAUUUUUUGUCUACUUCCCAGCCAUAUAAUUAUUUUUUUGUGAAGUAUUUAGAAUUUUAAGAUUUUGAGCAGUAAUAGAAAUUUAUAAUAAAAUGUCAGAUAUUCCAGAUUUUUGGCUCUUAGCGUUAAUUGCACAGAUUGCCUUCAUAUCUGAUAUUCAUACCGUAAAUAUGCACAAUACUUUAACUUAUCCGCCCCACUAUACGUUGGAUAGAUACUAUGACCAAUGCGUUUCCUUCACGAUAGAAUAUACUUUUGCUUAAUUAUACUUAUCGCCCACAGGCUUUCAACAUUGACUAUGAUGAUGCCAGCGCGACAGAGAAGACAGGUUUUGGAAGGGAGGUUUUAACAUGUGAACUGUCAAGGAUGGAGUUUGCUGAAGCGCUGUCGUUGAAACCCAACUCACAAUUCGUGGAACUCAUGUUCGAUUUAUUCGAUAAAGAUAGCAACGGUUACGUGUCUUUCGGAGAAUUUCUAGACGUCAUAGUUAUUUUUUCUAAAGGUACUGUACUUUCCUUAAUUCGCGAUCGCCAUCAUUGAAAAGAUGGCCGCAUGUCGAUCUUAAUUUAAAAACAGUUCCUCGCAACUUGAAAUCGAUAUCGGCUUUCGAUAACCGAAUUUUAAUAAUUUUUUCUCAAAGUAUUUUCUAGAAAAUACUUAAUAUAUUUAUAUCCACAACGUACUCUUGAUUACGACCCCAAUAGUUUUACAGUAAAGUUUCUUGUGUGAACGACCAUACAUAAUUUACCAGUCACCACAAUGGACCAUCAUUCAAUUUCUGUGUUGACUUCUCCCAGGUUCCCCAGAUGAAAAGUUGAGGCUGUUUUUUGAUAUGUAUGAUGUAUCUGGAGAUGGAAAACUUGACCGAGAUGAAUUUAAACUGAUGAUUGAGUAA